AUGGAGCGCACGCCAAGUCCGCGGAAAGUGAUGUCCCGCUCUUCAGGUCAGCAGGGAGGGCGGACACGCACAACAGGAACAGGAAAGCUGCCGAAGCGGUUUAAGCGUGUUGCUGUCUCCUUUCAACACAAGCUCAGCGUGAUCGAGUUCUACGACGCAGUCGUUACUAAGGAGAAAAUGCGCGACACAGUCAACUACUUCUACCCUUCGCUCACGGCAGCCCAAUUAAAAGCCAAAAAGCGACAGGUCUACAACUGGCUGAACCAGCGCGAUCUAAUUAUCGACAAGGUCGAAACCGGGAUGCUCCGCCGCGAGCUCUGCUGGCACUGCCAGCCUGGCAGCAACUUGCUGCUACUGCGGCAAAUCGUCACGGCAACUGCGCCGGGAUCAGUUGCGGGCACUGCGGCCCGAGACACGGCAAGCGCGGCGCCCGUGUUAACCAGAGGGGGUCUUGAGGCAGACUGCGCGGCAGAGGCCGGGCGAGGCGAGGCGCCCGGCCUCGGAGCGGAGCGCGAUUUGCCGACGGCGCCGCAAAAAUUGCCGGCCGAGCUAACCCAUGUGGCCCGGCUCCGCGCGCGCGCCUGUGGCCCCAGGCUGGCCGUUUCAGCGGCUCUAUCGCGUAUCUUUCCGAUUCGUCCCCCUCCUCCUCCUGGUCAUACUUUCGACCCGGACCUCUGCACGUUCGCCGCGCAGUGCCCGCGCGCUCCGCGCAGCUCGGAGUCCGCAAUGCAGGGCCAUGCCAUGGCGGAGACCGAGGUGGUCUGCUGCCAGCAGUGCUGA